UCCUAUGCCCUUCUGUUCAGACACCCGAGGGGCCCAUGUGCACUCCUGGGAUCAUACGACCAGAAAACAGGACCCUAGAGGUUUCUUGAGUUUCUGCUUACCAGGGCGGCUGGGUAUAGCCCUGCCAGCCCAUUGCAUAAUCUUCUAAGUUCUCCCCACCACCCUCCAUUCCAGCAGCGAGGUGCCUGUGACGCGGUCUCCAUCCUCUCGGCCUCGACCCGGUGGUCCCCGCGAUUGGACGCUUAGGCGGUCACCAGGCCUCCUUGUUACUAACGUGUGCACACCUUUCAGUUCUCCCAUCAGGAUGAACUCCUGGAAAUUGCUGGGUCCGAAGUGUUUGGGAAGUUUGGAGUGAUUCUUGUUGCAGGGGGAAGAGGGAACUAUGGAGGUGUCACUGAACUUUCAGGGGUUCCGGGACCCCCCAACCCGGUGCCCGUCCCAGCUCCCCGAGCGCCUCUCUUCCCCCCUCCCCCACCUCGCCUGUUUUCACCUCUCGUGGCCUCACCCCCGCCGCGCAGCUGGACCUUGCCCCGGGCCUCCCGAUCCCGGAGCUGGAAUCCCAGCCGGACCAGCCCAGCCCGACCAGCCCAGCCCCGCCUCUUCCCUGGCAGGAUCGCGGCCGAGCAGUCUGCCCAGAGACUUAGCGACAGACAGACGCUGGGACCCACGACGACAGAAGGCGCCGAUGGCCGCGCCUGCUGAGCCCUGCGCGGGGCAGGGGGUCUGGAACCAGACAGAGCCUGAACCUGCCACCACCAGCCUGCUGAGCCUGUGCUUCCUGAGAACAGCAGGGGUCUGGGUGCCCCCCAUGUACCUCUGGGUCCUUGGUCCCAUCUACCUCCUCUUCAUCCACCACCAUGGCCGGGGCUACCUCCGGAUGUCCCCACUCUUCAAAGCCAAGAUGGUAGCUGCCAUCCCUGGGAGCCUGGAACCAGGCAAUGGUUGGGGGAGGCAGGGGACAGGCUGGAACCUGGUGAAGUCUUAAAGUAGACUCCUCCUAUCGGGGUGUAAAAGGGAAUCUGUUAAUCAAACAGAGCAAUAUUAGAAAGGCUACAGAGGUCAAUUCAGUGGAACACGGUUCUCCCAAACAGAUUUUGUAAUUCCGAAAAUCCACGCAUGCGCAAACAUACGCAUACACCCCCACGUUCCUGGACAGUUUAUAGCUACCAUAACCUGGCAUUUUCCAAAACAUACCACGUAGACUCUUGGAUACACAAGGUAAUUUUAGGGCCACAUUAGGAUAAACCUUUUAAAAAGUUAUGCAUUUAUUUUUAUGUUCCCCCACUGGCUGUAUUAUAGGACAAUUUUUAUAUGUGAUGUGUAUUUACUUUAGUGUGUUAAAUAAACACUGGCAUUCCAAGCGUGA